AUGUCAACUUUUACCAAAAAUAUAUCGUAUGUAUUUUAUUCAGUUAUUUUGAUGGUUGUAAUUAUUGAGAUUAAUUGCACUGUGAUACGAUGGCCUAGAGAGAAAGUUAAAUUGUUUGCUACAGUAGAUGAUGGUUUUAUCGAAGAUGUAACAUUUGUCAAUCGCUCUGAGUGGAAAGCUCUGCCAGCUACGGAACCACUUGAUAAAUUGGAUGUCAUUCCGGCUCCGUAUGUUAUGAUUUAUCACACGGGAACUGAAACAUGUUUCUAUUUAAAGGCUUGUGCCCCAAUCCUGCAAGGUUUGCAAGCCGAGCAUAUGAUGAGCUAUCCUGAGGACGGGGAUAUUGGUUUCAAUUUUCUCAUCAGCGGUGACGGCAGCGUCUACGUCGGCCGCGGAUGGGACACCGUUGGCGCUCACACUUCUCAACUCAACAGAAAGAGCAUUGGGAUCGCUUUAAUCGGAUCAUUUUACGAAACUUCACCAUCUGCACAUCAAAUAUCUGCAGUGAUAAAUCUCAUUGAUAUUGGCAUGUUUUUGGGUAGCAUUGACUAUGAUUUUAGAUAUCGCAGUGAACCUCAAAUGCCAUUAUUUAUUAAAUCUGAAUACCAAUUAGUCCACAUUAGAUAUUUUAUAUUUUAUAGUGAGUGGUCACUGAUAAUUGAAAUUACCAUGCACAUUUGCUCGUCUUCUUUAUUAAUUACUCUGCUAAUUGCACUCACCAGAGGCGAGCUCAAUGCCACAAUUUUUCCAGAAGGGGAUAAUUCAAAUCUGACAUUUGUAAGCAGACAUGAAUGGGGCGCGCAGCCACCAGAAGGACCAUCCGAGCGACUGAGUAUAAUCCCAGUGCCGUAUGUCAUAAUCAGUCACACAGCAUCCGAGUCUUGUUUCACACAAGCCGACUGCAUCCAGCGAGUCCGGUUGAUCCAGACGAUGCACAUCGAGGGCAACGGGUGGGACGAUAUUGCCUACAAUUUCCUUAUCGGCGGGGACGGACGCGUCUACGUUGGUCGCGGAUGGGACGCAGUGGGCGCGCAUUCUUUCGGGUUCAACCGCAAGAGCAUCGGUGUCAGUUUCAUCGGAACUUUCAACAAAGAAACGCCGACAGAACAGCAGAUUUAUGCGCUAGAAAAUUUUCUCAACUUUGGAAUGAAGACUAACAACAUUGAUUUAGAUUAUAAGUUGCUUGGACACCGUCAAGUAUCCGAAACUUUGAGUCCAGGUGACACUUUGUUCGGGAUCAUCAAAGCAAUGGACCAUUGGUCAGAACAGCCAUGAUUAUUAUAAAUAAAUUUAUUAUUAAAUUGAUAAUAAAAUUUAAAA